AAAUCGAAUCUCCAAAUUUCAAAAUUCAAAUGUCGAAACACGGGAAAUGGGUAGGGAAAUCACUCGCUACACACAAUCGGAUCCUACAGCUAGGCUCCUAGGGGCCCCAAGCCUCGCACCCGAAUAGAAAUCUGCAUCUUCCUCCUCUCGCCAGUCUCCACCAACCAUCCUCCGCUCCUCCCCUCGCAAGUUGCGAUUUCCAAAUCCCGAUGCUUCCUCGCCAUUAGCUCCCCCUCCUCCAUCCCUUCUCCCUCCCGCCGCCGUUUCCCAUGGCGUCGUCGUCGUCGCACCACCCGGACUCCUCCUCCACCCCGCGCGCCGGUGCCGGAGCCGUUAACGGCCACCACCCGCCACCUCUUCCCCCGGCCCCGGCCCCCGCUGCUCCUCCUCCCGCGCAGGCGCAGGCGCACGGGGGCCCGCAGGUGCGCCUCAUGUGCAGCUUCGGCGGCCGCAUCCUGCCGCGCCCGGGGGACCGCCAGCUGCGCUACGUCGGCGGGGAGACCCGCAUCGUCGCGUUCCCGCGCGCCGCCGCCUCCUACGCCGCCCUCGUCGCCGCGGUCGCCAAGGCGGCGCCCGCGCUCUUCGCGCCGGGGGCGCCCCGCCCCUCGCUCAAGUACCAGCUGCCCCAGGACGACCUCGACUCGCUCAUUUCCGUCACCUCCGACGACGAUGUCGACCACCUCAUGGACGAGCUAGACCGCAUCCACGGCCUCGCCGCCAACGUCGCCAAGCCGCCCCGCCUCCGCGUCUUCCUCUUCACACCCGCGCCCGAGUCCGCCUUUGGCUCUGUCCUCUCUGGCACCGGCGGCGAGGCCGCCACCGACCAGUGGUUCGUUGACGCGCUUAACGCCCCCGCGCCGCACCCCAUCGAGCUGGGCCGAUCCGAGGCCUCCUCGAUCAUCUCCGAGGUGCCGGACUACCUCUUCGGCCUCGACACCGCCUCCGACGAGCCCAGCCCCGGCCCCGCGGCCGCCCGCAACAAGUCCGACGCGGAGAUACCGCACCACGGCGAGGACGACGUGCCGUCUCCCGCGCCGGGCAUGUACCAGGCGCCGUACGCCGCGGAGGGAUCGUCGUGGCCGGCCCCGCCGCCGCCGUACAUGGCGCAGCCCUUGUACUACUUCGCCGUGCCGCCGGUCCACUACCUGGACCCAUCUGCGCAGGGCGGCUACAUGCCUCAGCCGCUCUACAACAUUGCCGGUGGCGGAGGAAGCGAGGCACCCAGCGCCGUCUACGGCGUCCCGCACCCCAUUCAGCCGUACCCGCAGAUGAUGUACCCGCCGCCGGGCGCGGUCGUCUACACGGCGGAGGGGAAGCCACCGCCGGAUGGUGUGGCCCACUCUUCGUAGGCCUGCCUGCCUGGAGCUGUUGCUAAGUGGUUGGUUCUGAUGAUUGCGUAUGAUGCCCAAGUCAAGGAAUUUUGCAUUGCUGCGUGCCUGGUAAUUUUUUAUCGUUUCAUCUGGUUCUUGUGGGUAGGUUGGUGUAUAGACGAGGGAUGUGAAUAAUGAUUGGACAUUGCAAUUUUCGUCGAGUGAAAUAUAUUCGUGAAAUGUAGUUAUGAGAGUAUAGUAUGUUGUGUGAUUAGUAGCAAGUUAAUGUAAUGUGGAUUCAUAUAUUCUAGGUGGUUCUGGAAGACAAAUUUUGGGCAUUUUGUUACAUAAGCCGGAUGUCGGGUGAAUGUUCUAAGCAAAUAUGUGCUGCAAAAUGUUUGUUUACUUGGUGUUUUGUAGAGCCUUAAUUUCUAACGAGUGGUUUACUGAAUUUUAGACAA